UCGGUGCUUGUUUGUUGGUUGGUUGCGUUUGAUGUUUACAUACAUAGAGAACGCCUAGCUUAGCCACUUUCGGCAAAAGGAACAGACACACAUAAGAGUGGGAUUUUAGAGUGCAAAACGCCACCUUUAGUUUUGACUCACUUUCUCUUUUCCUACAAUUAGUUUUUCACUGUUCAACUACUAGACUCAACUUUUUAUACUUCCCUCUUUCCUCUUUAUAUAUCCCAAACUCUAUCAUACUUGGUUCAAUUCUUGAAUUAAUUUUUCAAAGAAAGAAAAAAUAAAUUGUUUUAAUUUAAUUAUCUUUCCCUCCAUUUGUUUUCUUUUUCUAUAGGCGUCAGUUCCAAGGUUUUUUUUUUUCUUCUUCUCAUCCAGAUUAUAUAUAUAAACCCAUGCAACAUACAAACGCACAAUAAUCGCUUUUCUUGAAAAAUGGAUUCUAUUGAUCAAUUCGAAAUGCAAGAACCAAGUAUUGAAACGGAUAAGCUCAGCUACGAAAUUUUCUCUAUUCUCGAAAGCAAGUUUCUCUUUGGCUACGAUGAACAAAAACUCUGGUUCCCUAAACAAAUUCCUGAUUCUCAACAAACUCCAACCGUUGCUUCCGUUGACGGAGUUUCCUCCGUUAAGAAUCAGCGUGGGAAGAUAUGUAUACUCGCAAUCGACGGUGGUGGCAUGCGUGGGAUUCUCGCCGGAAAAGCACUUGCGUAUCUUGAAAACGCGUUGAAGAAAAAGUCAGGUGACCAGAACGCGAGAAUCGCGGAUUAUUUCGACGUGGCAACUGGCUCCGGCGUCGGAGGUAUAUUCACUGCGAUGCUUUUCGCGACAAAAGAUCAACGAAAACCGAUUUACUCAGCCGAUGAUACAUGGCGGUUACUAGCGGAACAGGGGAAGAGAUUCUACGGAGGCUCCGGCAGCCGCGGGUUUUUGAAGAGGAUAUUCGGAAGUGGAAGUUCGAGUUCAGUUGAAACGGCGACUGCUGGUAUGGAGAGAAUCGUUAAAGAAGCGUUUACGGCGGAGAACGGUCGUUGUUUAACGUUGAAAGAUACACUGAAACCGGUUCUGAUACCGUGCUAUGAUUUAUCAAGUACGGCGCCGUUUUUGUUCUCACGUGCCGACGCGUUGGAAACGGAUAGUUUUGAUUUUCGUUUGUGGGAAGUGUGUAGAGCGACUUCGGCUGAACCGGGUUUGUUGGAACCGGUUCAAAUGCGGUCUGUUGAUGGACAAACCAAAUGCGUGGCAGUUGAUGGUGGUUUGGCGAUGAGUAACCCAACCGGUGCGGCAAUCACGCACGUGCUGCAUAACAAACAGGAGUUUCCGUUCGUGCGAGGCGUGGAGGAUCUUCUUGUGCUUUCUCUUGGAACCGGUCAACUGGUUGAAGUUAAGUGUGAUUAUGAUCGUGUGACUCGCUGGAAGGCUAAGGAUUGGGCUCGGCCGAUGGCGCGUAUUUCGAGUGAUGCCUCGGCGGACCUUGUCGAUCAGUCCGUGGCGAUGGCGUUCGGUCAUUGCCGGAGUACUAAUUAUGUUCGAAUUCAGGCAAAUGGGUCAAGUAUGGGGCAAUGUGGACCGAGUGGGGAUACAGACGCGAGUCCCAGCAAUGUCAAAAUGCUGAUGGGAAUAGCAGAGGAAAUGUUAAAGCAGGAAAAUGUAGAGUCAGUUCUGUUCGGAGGGAAGAAGAUUGGGGAGCAGAGUAAUUUCCAGAAACUCGAUUGGCUUGCUGGAGAACUUGUUCAAGAGCAUCAGAGGAGGAGCUGCAGAAUAGCUCCCACUGUUGCUUUCAAACAAGCUACUCCAAAACCCACCUAGAAGCCCAUACCGAAACCUCUAAAGAAAAUGGGUAAAAACGGAUGGAUAUAUAGGAGGAAAAGCAAAAGAAAAGAAAAAGAAAAGAAGAGUGCAAAUAGCAGUAGUAGUAUAGCAGCAGCUUUUACUUUUGGAGAUAGACAAGGGUUAGGAGUGUUGAAUGAAAAAGACAAGUGGUGUAAUUAAAAAGGGAGAGAAGAUCUCUGUGGGAUACUUUGCUCACCAGAGGACAGACAUAAUGGUGUCCACUCCACCUUUCUAGCUAUUAGGGUAAAGAGACCAAGAAAGAAAAACAAAGUGUCUCAGUUGAAGCUUUUUAGGGUCAAACAUGAAUCAAGUGCUAUUUUUUUACAUUUAAAAAAGAAUCAGAAUUCAGAGGGUGGUAGUUAAUUGGAUUGCAUUGUUCUGUUCUAUAUUUUUUUUUUUUUGAAAAAUAAUUUGUAAAUCUCUUUUUUUUCUAAUGAAAAGUAUCAUAUCCCUGUUCCAUAAGAAACUUUUUAGAUGGUGGGUUAUCUUAUAAAAAAUGUGGCUAUUCAUGUC